AUGAGUGUAGAGUCCAAAAAACCACGUGAGGCUUGUUGCUCCAAGCUCAAGCUCUUCCUGGCCUCUCUGGCGUUUGUAUACUUUUCCAAAGCCUUUGGUGGAGCCUAUAUGAAGAGCUCCAUCACCCAGAUUGAGAGGCGCUUCGACAUCCCCAGCUCCCUCAUUGGGGUUAUAGAUGGAAGCUUUGAAAUGGGCAACCUGUUGGUCAUAGCCUUUGUGAGCUACUUUGGUGCUAAGCUCCACCGUCCCAGGCUGAUUGGCAUUGGCUGUUUGAUCAUGGCUGUCGGAAGUUACCUCGUAGCCCUGCCUCACUUCUUCCAGGGGACGUAUAAAUAUGAGACCAGUGUGUCUCACAGUACAGCUAUCAACAACAGUGAGAGCGCCCUGCCCUGUCACGCCAACCACAGCCUGACCGAUGCUGAUGAGACGUCUGACUUAGAGGCCCAAAUGGCUUGCGAAAAGGCAGCAGGCUCGUCGAUGUGGAUCUACGUAUUCCUGGGAAACAUGCUGCGUGGCAUCGGAGAGACUCCCAUCAUGCCUCUGGGUGUGUCCUACCUGGAUGACUUCUCCAGAGAAGAGAACACUCCUUUCUAUUUGGCCUGCAUCCAUACGGUGGGAAUCUUAGGACCUAUGUUUGGGUUCAUGCUCGGGUCCUUUCUAGCCAAGAUCUACGUGGACAUUGGAUUCGUGGAUUUAGACAGCAUCACCAUCAACCAUAAGGACUCCCGCUGGGUGGGGGCCUGGUGGCUGGGCUUCAUAGUGACUGGCACUGUGAUCCUGUUGUCCGGCAUCCCAUUCUGGUUCCUGCCCAAGUCCUUGCCCAAGCAAGGGCAAGAGGAAAGCCAGAGUAAAGGCACAGAGCUUGCCACUGUGGCAGAGCAGGAGAAUUUCCUGCCAGAGGAAAACCAGGACCAUGAGGAGAAGGAGAAGCCAGUGACAUUCCAGGAGCUGGCUAAAGAUUUUAUUCCAUCUCUGAAAAGGCUCUUCAACAACAGCAUCUACUCGCUGAUGAUCCUCACCUACCUGGUGGUUGUCAACGGCUUUAUUGGCAUGAUCACCUUCAAGCCGAAGUUCUUGGAGCAGAUCUAUGGCCAGUCGGCCUCCAAGGCCAUUUUCCUCAUAGGUAUACUGAACCUGCCGGCAGUAGCCUUGGGCAUCAUCACCGGAGGUUUUGUGCUGAAACGUUUCAAGCUGGGUGUCAUUGGAGCAGCCAGGGUGGCAUUCGCUGCCUCUAUUGGCUCCUUUUGUCUGUUUUUCAUUCAGAGCUUCAUCCAUUGCGACAACGCAGAGGUGGGAGGUCUUACCGUCUCAUAUCAGGGGUCUCCUCAAGUGUCCUACGACCAGCAGACUUUGCUGUCACAGUGCAACAUGGGCUGUUCCUGCUCGCUGAAGCACUGGGACCCAGUGUGUGGUUACAAUGGAAUGACGUAUGCCUCGCCCUGCCUGGCUGGCUGUCAGACCUCCAGUGGCACCGGCAGGGAAAUGGUGUUUCACAACUGCACCUGCGUUGGCGAGAUGAUGACUCCAGGCAUGAACAUGUCCACAGUGCUGGGCCAGUGCCCCAGGAAGAACGACUGUGAUCGCAUAUUCAAAAUCUACAUGGCUUUGUCCGUGGUGGGGUCCUUCAUUUCUGCCUGUGGGGGCACACCAGGGUACAUCGUACUGCUCAGGUCCAUACAACAUGACCUGAAGGCACUGGCUUUGGGUAUGCAAACACUGAUAGUAAGAACUCUGGGCGGGAUACCUCCUCCAAUAUAUUUCGGAGCACUGAUUGACCGAACCUGUUUGAAGUGGGGCACCAAGCAGUGUGGAGGCCGCGGAGCGUGUAGACUCUAUGAUGCUCAUGCAUUUAGAAUGACGUUCAUGGGGCUGAUUACUGGAUUUUACUUCGUAGCCAACUUGCUGUGGGGAGGCCUCUACAUCAAAGUUGUCAAGAAACAGAAGAAAUUAGCGCUGAGGAAUCAGGCCAAAGAAAAUGGACAGGAGGCUAACAGCCAGGGCAAUGGACACGCCAACAUCAACAUCGCCACAAAAGACGACACAGACAAGGAGAGUACCAUAUAA